AUGGAGAUGUCACGCAUCCGCCUGCAGCCAAGGGGCAAAAACACAGGCUCUAAACGGAAAAGAGGACCCGAUGGACGCUACACAUUAGAACCUACUGCCAGCUCCCCAUUACUUCGAACCUCAGACGAUAUCAGCGUCAACAACGUCAUAGACAGCAGUAUGGGCUCUCCAACUCCAAGGCAUGAGCAGGUGGUUAGAAGUGGAUCUAAUGAGCCACUGUCCUCAGCUCAAGUUGGAAGCCCAUCACGAUUGACUUUACAGCCAAGUGUCGUCGGUGAAAGCUGGUAUGCGUCGUACGUUAUGAGAGGUUAUACUCCCGGUCACAGCAGUGUCCAUCGACCAAUCGACGAAUGUAAUGAGACAGUUCAAGAUGUCACCUUCGCUACGAGAGCGAAUGAGGUCUCUGGAAACUUACCACAGCCUCAAGAUAAGCCUGGCUUGUCUGACCUUCCCCGGCCCGACAUCGUUGAUAGUCUGAUUAAAUCUUACUUUGAUCGAUUCCAUACGUUUUGCCCCAUUCUCAGCAAGAGAUCAUUCUUUACAUCUAUACACGAAGGGACGGUAUCUGCAACACUACUAAGAAGCAUUCUUUUUGUGGCAUCAUUGCACUGCGAUCUCGAGGUUCUACAUCGUAUGGGGCAUAGCACUCGCUUGGAUGCCAACCAUACCUUGUUCAGCAACGCAAGCGCUUCUUUUGAUAUGGACAGAGACUCAACACGACUCGACAUGAUAUUGUCUUCCUAUCUUUUACACUACUGGUUCGGAAACCCUACGGCUUACCGAGACUGUCACUGGUGGAUUGCUGCUGCUAUCCGAUCUGCGCAGUGUACGGGCUAUCACCGAAGUACUAGCAACAGCCAAAUGUGCUCUGAGCAACGAUCGCGAUGGAAGAGAAUCUGGUGGUGUUUAUAUGUUCGUGACCGUCAAAUCGCUAUAUCUACUGGCACGCCCAUGGUGAUCAACGACAUGGACUACGAUGUUGAAGAACUCGUUGUAGAGGACCUCGUCGACGAAAGUGUGGAGACAGCUCAAUACAUCGUUGCACAGAGACAGUGCAAUAAGUCUAAGGAAACAAAGCUCGUCGUUGACGCUGCAACACAAGUAUUCAACCUUGUGGAGAACUCGUUGUUAUAUUGGACACCAGAGCACUUUCCAAUGAUUUAUGUAUCCGCCUUAUUCUCUGCCAUGAUGGCUCUUGCGGUAGAUGGAAGCACCACAGCACCAAGAAGUGACCAGAUGUUUGCCAAGAUUCGUCGCGGCUUACUUGCUCUUAAGCAAUUUGAGCAAGUGUACAACCUUGCACGUUGGAUCAGGAAUUUCUUCAUGGAUAUUUUGAAUCGGUCUGACUCAAGAGAGGGUAGCCGAGGAGAGGUUCCAGCAGCCAGUCCCCCCAGUAAUAGAAACACAACCGAGACGCGAGUCCCAGAAGAACCAACUAGGCAUUCUGAUAGCCAGGAGGGACCAGCUCAUUUACUGGCGGGCCCAUCGUCACAAGAGAGUCAGCGCAUAUUUGUCGCGUCAGAUUUGACUCUCGGGGACACGACAUUCAUGCUUGGUCAUGAUUCUGGAGAUGUUGACAUCGAAGGGGGAGGGUUCUGGCCAACAUACUUGGCGAACGGAGUCUUUUCUAGCACAGGUUCUGGAGAUGGCAUGGACUUCCCACAGCCCGAUUCGACUCAGUACCAAGCCAUGUACUUUCUAGCUGAUCUAGGAUUGUCCAAUGGCACUGCUGGGCCUGUCUAUGAUGGGUCCUGCGAAGCACACGGACAGGCCGUUCAACUUCAGCCAUACGCCUAUCAAGUCAACAGUUUAGAUCAAGUGUGUCAACUUCAACGGCAUCAUAUAAGAAUGGUUCAGUUUACCGGACAGGUGCGUACAUGCUCGGACUUGCGGUAG